UUUCCAUGCCAUUCUCCCGAGGUCCGGAUACUUAGUGCUUCAUAUUUUCUUGAGAAACCAGCAUAUCCAGAAGGUAGAGCGAAGACCGAAACCCUUCGACGAAUUUCGAAUGCCUUAUGUUCCAAAGAGGGGGUCAUGGACACCAGGAAAAGGAACCCGGCGGAAGUCGAUCGAGUUCCGAGGCGGGUUGGACGGUGGUUCCGAGUGGUCGAGAUCCGACCGCCGAGAUUCCUCGCCCUCCCCUUUCUCUUUCGGGCUUCGGAACUCAUCCUCUUUUGCGUCCCAUCAUGGCCGCACAACUGGAGCCUCGGCUAGCACGAUCCUGUGAUCAUUGCAAAGCAAAGAAGAUCCGCUGUCUACGGCCCUUGGACAGUGUUACCUGCACGCCUUGCCUCAACCGAAACAUCGAAUGCCAUUACAGUCUCACGCGGAGACGGUUGAAGCCGAAAGAAGCCCGCGCCUCACCCAGUUUACGUACAACACACAAACUAUCUCAGGUGACAGGACAUUAACAUUAUCCCAGUUGAAACCAGCCCUCAAAGCCAGAAAA